AUGUCAUCAACGUUGGCGACCGCUGCAUGGGGCAUCAUCCUUGCUUCCAAAGAGGGCAGCCAUGACGUCAACUUUGGACAGCUUGUCGCAGGUCGCAGCGCAGCAAUCAGAGGGGUGGAAGAAGUGCUGCGCUGCGCCAUCAAAACCGUCGUACGUCGACUGCAAUUCAACCCUGACCAAGUCAUUAGCGACAUGCUUGCGGCGGUGCAGACCGACCAAAUGGACGUGGCCCAGCACGAAAACACAGCUCUGCAAAAAAUACAAGGUGAAGGCGUGCCCAAUAUCAGCGCGCUCUUCCACACUCUUCUCAACAUCCGGAACUUGCCUGGCGAUCAGAAGCUGCUCGCCGAUGCUGUAGAGGACAAUUCGAGCACAGACCAUCUGGGGGAAGUAAGACAAGGCAAGAACCUUCUGACGGUAAGAGGUAUUACCGUAUUGAGACGGAGGGCGACGACCUCGCACUGGACAUCUUUAUCUCGCUGUUCGGCCAACACUCCUUCUCCAUCGAGGUACUGUACAAUAGCCGUAUUCUCGGCGCUGAGAAAGUCGAGUCAUUACUCGACCACUACGACGCCGUGCUCGCUGCCAUGGUCACCAAUCCAUCCAAGCCGGUGUCGUCCCUGCUCGACAUCCAGCCCUCGGCGGUUGCGAGAAACAAUGUCGAAUCGAGCGAGGCGAAACUGCUCGCAGAGGCACCCACGAAGAUUGUCCGGCCUGUCGAGUCUGUGCAAAGCACUGAAGUAGUUGCUACUAGCAAUGUCCCGUCCUCAUCAGCCGAAAAGAAGAUCGAGAAACUGAGGCGCGAUGUGCUCGCUGUUGGACGCGAGCGCAGCAAGCCUGUGCAUGGAUCAGACAUUCAGCUCCCUAGGCGGUGACAGCGUCUCGAUGAUGCGACUCUCCCCACAGGCUUUCAAGAAAGGCAUCUCCCUCACCGUCGCCCAGCAGAUUGCAAAUCCCACAAUCAAGCAACAAGCCAAAUUUGUCAAGGCUAGCACCAAGUGCAAGAAAUGA